CGGAGUCCGCGUAGGAGGGAUCAGAGGUCCGGCCGAAGAGACUGACGGGGCGGACGGACUGGCGGAGGAGCGGUCGACGUACCGAGAGGGUGGGUCGGCCUCGGCCUUCUUAGCUGAGCAGCUGCAGGAUUUUCCUGAGGAGAAUCUUCACUCAAGAGUUUGCUGACAGCCAAGGAUGGCAAGCAAGGGGCCCUCGGCCUCUGCAUCCCCUGAGAACUCCAGUGCUGGGGGACCCAGCGGCAGCAGCAACGGUGCUGGCGAAAGUGGAGGGCAGGACAGCACCUUUGAGUGCAACAUCUGCCUGGACACAGCCAAGGAUGCCGUCAUCAGCCUAUGCGGCCACCUCUUCUGUUGGCCGUGUUUACAUCAGUGGUUGGAGACCAGACCUAACAGGCAGGUGUGUCCAGUUUGCAAAGCCGGGAUCAGCCGAGACAAAGUCAUCCCACUCUAUGGCAGGGGCAGCACUGGGCAGCAGGACCCCAGAGAGAAGACCCCUCCCCGUCCUCAAGGACAGAGGCCAGAGCCGGAGAACCGAGGGGGAUUUCAAGGAUUUGGAUUUGGAGAUGGUGGCUUUCAGAUGUCUUUUGGAAUUGGGGCAUUUCCCUUUGGGAUAUUUGCCACGGCAUUUAACAUAAAUGAUGGGCGGCCUCCUCCAGCUGUCCCCGGAACGCCGCAGUACGUGGAUGAGCAGUUCUUGUCACGCCUCUUCCUGUUUGUGGCCCUGGUGAUCAUGUUCUGGCUCCUAAUCGCCUAAUGCUAGGUUCCUGGCCUACAUCCAUGGCAAGUCCUCUGGACUGGUGACACGCCACCCCCACUCUUGAUGUUUGACUUCCUGGAUAAUCCUGAUCCCUAGAAUCGAUGGGGUCAGUAACACAUCAAGGAAUUUUGCUUCUCCAUCAGAGCUUUGGGACUCAACACCAGUUGUCAAGAACCCUGGAGUAUGGCCACUACCAUAAACACUCUGCUCUAAUCUCAGGCCUUGGCAUUGAGUUGUCUCUCAUGGGUUACACCAUGAAAUCCUAUUCCAGCCAGCUCAGCAGCUCCUGAAUCUGCACAGGGAAGAGGCAGAAGAGAAGGACUGUCAGUACGAUUUCACCUGAGUUUAAUAUUAUAAGAACAAAGGGAUGAACCAAAUGUUACUUAUGGAAGCUUUCUUUCAUCUCUUUUAAAUACCCCUUGGUAAGUGGCCUCUGAAGUCAGUGGGGGUCCUUACACAAAGAGGUUCCCCUUCCAGAUCCCAAUGCUGCUCUGUCCUACUUCCUCUCUCUCUCCUCUCUUCCUCCUCCUCCUCCUCCUCAGCAGAGAUGCAAAAAAUUACUGUCCUAUAAAGAUCAUAAUUGCAGCAGCUGAAGCUGGAGUCACAUCAUGAAUUCACCAGAGACCCAAUGAUCUUUUAUUGGCUCUGGGCCAUGCUCAGUGUCUUUGGCACCAGAGAGUGGCUUGAAUGACCUCCUGGCAUAGAUUAUCCAAGGAGACAUGUGGCUUCACCCACAGAUUUCCCAUCAGCUUUUCCCGAAAAACUACACACUUGUGUCUCUCUGCCAGAGAGCACAUAACCUAGGCUACUGCUGAAGCUGGGACUGACUGCUGCGCGUUAGGAAAGGCCUGCAGUUGGGGCGCCAGUGGGAUUCAGAGCCCUGAUGCAGGAACAACCGCACAAGCAGCCCUGUCCCCAAGGCUGCAGAAGUUCCACGUGCAUCUUCCAUGCCUGCCUGCCCCAAAGAACCUGUGGCGUUGUCAAGUCAGUCCAGCUGCAUGUUGAAGAACACCCUCCUCAGAAGCAAAGUUGUCCUUAAUGAAGAGGCAGGGAAGAGGGAAGACCCUAAUUUUGGUAUGGCUUGAAGGACUCCCCAGAAAACUCCUUGUAUAUGUGCUAAAACCAGGGAAGCAUGUGACUCCAGAGCAGGCAACCCCUGGUGAUUUGUUAAAACCAGGCAGUGGGCCUGGGGAGCCUGAGCACGGUGACAUGAUGUGGUUUUUCUGUGGGAAUCAGGCUUCCCCAGCCCUUGAUUUGUUUUUCAACUUCACAAGCUGCUUCCUCCAAACCUGAUUGAGGGAGUGUGGUGCCAGGCAGGAGGACACGAGGCGGAAUGGUUCUUGCUCUGCCUGUCUUGCUCUUCCUAGACAUCCAGUCUGUUCCAGGAGACCCCAAGGGUGGGAGGAGAUGGUCUUCCUCUGGGUCCUCUGCUUCAUCACCAGUCGGCGAUGUUCCUGGCUCACCUCCAGCAAUAGCCAACAAAUUGUAGAAGGCCCAUCCUAGUGUUUUUUUUUCCCCCAGAUACGGUUCUGCAUAGCAUGUGGAAACCAAGACCUUAUCCAAGACGAAGGAAGCCCUCCACCCUUCUCUACAGCCCUUAUUCCUUCCCCUCGGACCUGUCAAUGCCAGAGUUCAGUGUUAAAAGACAAAAUACAAGUAUUGAAUAGGUGGUUCAUUUGCUGAAUCCAUUUGGUAAAAAUAAGCCACCAGAUUUACAGUGUGCCUGAUGGAUUUUAAACAUCUUGGAGGCACCCACUCAGGAGUGCUUUCUUUAUCACCUGGAAGUCCCCAAAGUGGAAGGUGCCCCUGGAUUUUCUCAGCUGGAGAGGACUUGGGAAGCAGGGGGAGAUCCCUCAGUGCAGUGGUUCCACCUAGUGGUGAGAGAGAGGACUUCAAUCACAUGGGCCCAAUAGAAACGGGAUUCCAGAAGAAAGAUUAGAGAAGGGGUAUGUGUGGGAACAUGAAUCACUUGGACUCUUAAUGAAAUGGAGUGAUCCCAGGAGAGCUCUACCAGCAAAGAUAUCCCAGGAACCUGUUAGCAAACUCACGUUGGCCAAGAGCCCUUUGAUUUGGAACGUUAUAGGUCCCCACUCAUCCUCCGUCAGGAGCUGGGGCAAGAGAGCUGACUUGGGGACUUCUGGCCCAGCCCUGAUAGGUAGCCCCCUUUCCACCACCCCUCAUCAGGCUCACCAUCUCGCCCCACUGCCAAGGCAGUUUUUCUUAAUUUUGUGUGUGUUUUCUAUGUUCUUAGCCUCUACCCCCACUCCUGCCACCUUUGUGGAUCAGGACCAGGUCCAAACCAUAGAUAGAAAAUUACACCAUAUACAGUGGCACACCUUGACCAGUCACUAAUUUUCACUGUUGUGAAAGUGAUUUGAUUUAGAAUUAAAUGGUUUUACAUUACUGUGAGCUCUGGACUUUGUCUGGGUCAUGGGUCAGGGGGAUGGUUGGGGAGUAGUCACACUGAUGUGGCCUCUGGGAAGCACCUGUGCAUCCUUGGGAAUGUCACACUGAAGAUGAAAGUCUUCAAACAGCCAUCGAUAAUUAGAAAUGAGAGGUGUAGGCUGGAGACCUGGCCUCAUAACGCAACCCUGCCUAGGGUAUGACCUGUCUGACAGGUAGCAUCAGUCCUGACAGGUAUGUGCCAACUGCUACAACGGAACUUGGCUUGUGGUCCAGCACAGCCUUGAGGGCAAUCAACAGGUUAUUCACUGUCAGCAUUUCUCCACCUGUUCUGUGACACUACCCCAGCACUUCUCAGAAGUUCCUUAGCAGAAUGUGAAGGGGAAGAUGGUAAGGUUACAAACCUGGCCCAGCCUCGGGUCUCCCGGCACACCAGAACUACCGGUCAUCAUUCUGAAUGGAGCUCUUUUCUCCUUCUCACAUUUUGACCUAAUAGUUACCAAAUUGAUUAGUGCCAAGAUAUAGUAGGAAAUGCAAAAAGUAAGAGAACUCCAGAAACUGAAAAGCCAAGUAAGAAAAAAACAGGACUUUUGUUUCCAAUGGAAAACAACAUAGAAGUAGAAUAGGACAGUCAAACUUCUGUAGACCAGUUGCCCAACCCCAAUAGCCAUUAACUUAAGUCCAGUCCCAUUUAAUUCCCACCUUCACACUACCUCUCCCCUAUCUGGAAUAUUUUGAGGCAAAUUCUAGUCAUACAUCUAUUAUUUCAAUGUCUAUCUCAAUAAGGAUUUUGGAGAAAAAGAGGGAGAGAAAUUGAUGUGUGGUUGGUUGCCUCUCGCCUGACCCCUACUGGAGACCUGGCCUGCACCCCAGGCAUGUGCCCUGACUGGGAAUCGAACCCGCAACCCUUUGCUUCGCAGGCCGGCACUCAAUGCACUGAGCUACACGAGCCAGAGCUUCAAUAAGGACUUUUUUAAAACAACCAAAAUACUAUUUUAUGUACCUUAAAAAAUAACGGUAAUUCCUUAAUGUCAUCCAAUCAUUGCUCAAAUUUUCCUGGUUGUCUCAUAACUUUUUAUAUAGUUUAUUUCAAUUGAGAUCCAAAUCAGGUCCACACACUAUUGUUAGAUGUCUCGAAUCUGUUACAUCUGUAUGUUCCUCUCCCAUCUGUUCUUUCCCUUGCAGUUUAUCUGUUAUGAAACACAAGUUCCUUUGUCCUGUAGACUUUCCUACAGCUUUAGUUUUGCCAUUUGCAUCACUGUGGUGUUAACAAGUUGCUCUUACUCUUGUUUUUCUUAAAAAUUUGUUGUUAGGUCUAGAGGCUUGACCAGAUUCAGGCUUAAUUUUCUUUUUUUAUAAAAUUAUGUCGUAAGUGGGGAGACCCCAUAAAACACGGAAUUAUCUUCUGGAGGGCGGGCCCCUUGUAGUACCCCCCUCUGUAGGCCCCCCUGUAGGCUUCCCCCUCUAGGUGGAUGUUCUAGGAACACAUCUGUAUCAGUGUACCAGCUGGUGGUGUGAGCGACUGUGUUUGGCUUCAGUGAUUUUUUUUUUAAGACAACACGUUUUCGCAUUUCAUGAUGGGUGAUUUAUGAGCACAACUGACCACACCACGAUCAGUGAUCAGGAAUUUUUGACCAAAAACAGCAUGACCCCUGGGCCCCAUCCUCCUGUUCACCCAAUGUCACCCUGAGCAACUAUUUUUGUUGUUUCCCUGGAUGAAAAAACUCAAAGGGAAAUGCUUUGCCCAUGUGUAGAUGUGGAAGACGUGAGACAAAAAACAGCAGAAGCAUUGAAAGGCAUCACAUUCAACCAGUUCAAAAUCUUUUGAGCAGUGGAAAAAAGUCUCAAUAUUUCAUCAAAUGGAGAGUACUUUGAAAGUGACUGAAAUGUAAAUGUAAAAAUAAAUACA